GCACCAUCUUACCUGUGUGUGUGUUUUCAUCGGCAGUGAGGUGAAGAGAGCAAUGACACUCUCAAGCAGCUGAGUGAAGGAAGAGAUUUGGAAGUUCAGGUUGGAGGACGAGCCACUAGACCUGCUGCUCUUGCCGGUGGUGGUGGUGAUGUUGGUGGCAGCGCAUUUGGCGUGGACUUUGUCACAUCGCGGCAAUACAGAAGCUCUGCUCUGACAACCCACUUCACUCCCAUCCACGUCAUCCUCCACACUCAACAGGAGAAGAGAGAGGCAGUGCGUGAGGAGUGUCAAGCAAGCGUGGAGGGGGAAUAGACCGCAGCGGCGGGCCCACUCUGACCAUGCCAGUGUGGGGAGGAAGGCUGGCUGUCUGCCUGUGGAGCCACAGCACUGCGCUGCUGCUACUGCGACUACUAUUGCUUGGACUCGUCUCUCUGGAGUCACCGGUGCAUGGUAACAUCUUGGACAGCAUGCUGCUUCGAGCAUCCAGUAAGGAGGCAGCGCCGGACGGCGGGAAGGAGAAUAGCGGAAGCGCGUCCACCGCGUCCUCGUCGCAGCGGCUGCUUUUGUGUCAUUGCAACUACCACUGUCCAGACGACUCCACCAACAACACGUGCAUGACUAAUGGCUACUGUUUCACCAUGGUGGAGGACGAAGGAGGCGUUCCAAUCUUGACUGCAGGUUGUCUGGGGCUCAUGGGGUUUGAGUUUCAGUGCCGAGAUUACCAUCAAAGGAAGUCUGUGAAAUGCUGCACAGACGAAGAUUACUGCAAUGGAAACCUUCAUCCUACUUUGCCGCCUCUCAAGCCGCCUAUCUAUGUUGAUGGGAAGAUCCACCACCUGGCCUUGCUGAUAUCCGUCACUGCCUGCAGCAUCAUUCUGGCUGUUAUUGUUGUUUUCUGCUACUUCAGAUAUAAGCGUCAGGUGUCCCGUCCUCGUUACACCAUCGGCCUAGAGCAGAAUGACACCUACAUUCCAUCUGGAGAGUCCUUGAAGGAUUUGAUCGAGCAAUCGCAGAGCUCUGGUUCAGGCUCAGGGCUCCCCCUGCUGGUGCAGAGGACAAUCGCCAAGCAGAUCCAGAUGGUGAAACAGAUUGGCAAAGGCCGCUACGGUGAGGUGUGGAUGGGUCGCUGGCGAGCGGAGAAAGUUGCAGUGAAAGUCUUUUUCACCACCGAGGAGGCCAGCUGGUUCCGGGAAACCGAGAUCUACCAGACCGGCCUCAUGAGGCAUGAGAAUAUCCUGGGAUUCAUUGCGGCGGACAUUAAAGGCACAGGCUCGUGGACGCAGCUCUACCUGAUCACCGACUACCACGAGAGUGGCUCGCUGUACGACUACCUUAAGUCCACCACGCUGGAUACCAAGGCCAUGCUGCGGCUGGCCUACUCGUCCGUGUCUGGCCUGUGCCACCUCCACACGGAGAUCUUCGGCACGCAGGGGAAGCCCGCCAUCGCUCACAGGGACCUGAAGAGCAAGAACAUCCUGGUCAAGAGGAAUGGCACGUGUUGCGUCGCCGACCUGGGUCUCGCCGUGAAGUUCAUCAGCGACACCAACGAGGUGGACAUCCCCCCCAACACCCGCGUGGGCACCAAGCGCUACAUGCCCCCCGAGGUUCUGGAUGAGACCCUGAACAGGACUCACUUCCAAUCGUACAUCUUGGCCGACAUGUACAGUUUUGGACUCAUCCUGUGGGAAAUCGCUCGCUGUUGCGUGUCAGGAGGCAUUCUGGAGGAGUACCAGCUGCCCUACCACGACCUGGUCCCAAGCGACCCAUCAUAUGAGGACAUGCGAGAGGUGGUCUGCAUCAAGAGGCUCAGGCCCUCAUUCCCCAAUCGAUGGACCAGCGAUAAGUGUUUGCAUCAGAUGGGAAAGCUGAUGAGCGAGUGUUGGGCUCAUAAUCCGGCCUGUCGCCUCACGGCUCUGCGGGUGAAAAAGACGCUGGCCAAGAUGUCCGAAUCGCAAGAUAUCAAGUUGUGAGGGGUUGCGCUCGCUUCACUAAGACGCGUGCGUAUGUAGCGUACGUGCGUGUUCAACGGGGUGCUUUCUGUGAAAGCUCAUUUCGCUUGUAGUAGAAAGGAGGAGAAGGAGAAGCGUGCCCGGGUUCCCUUAAAAAUGGACUGUGAGGAACACGGGCUGGCACUAUGUGACAAAGUGUACUGUGAGGCUUUAAGACAUUUUUCUUCAUGCUGGUUACAUUUGUAGAGCGUACAAAUGUGUUGUGUUCUCCUAGUCAUGGCUCGCGUAUUUUCCAUGUCAAACCUAUCAUUAAAAGUAUUGGUUAGAAUUGA